UUGGAAGGGGGAAGGACGGGGCGUUGCGCGGAAUACUCUCUUACUACCAGCGGUUGCGGGCUGAUCCGAGCCGAAGUGAGAGAGGCGGAGUGGAGAAAGGGGAAGCGAAGGGGAGGUUUCCUGACCCCCGCGCGCCACGAAAAGUGCCGCUCGGAGCGCGAACUAACGCCGGCGCGGCGGGAGCCCGGAGUUAAAUCCCGGACAGGCGCUGCUGGAAAGCUGCCCGCUCGCCUGGCUUUCUUUUUAAGGUGGCGCCCGGGAACAGCAGCGCCGGGGCAUGAAAGCCGUGGAGUUGGUUUGAUUCUGGGUGGCGCCUCCCGAGGAAGGAAGGGGGGGUGUAGCCGAAGCCACCCGUUAAAAAAAGAAAAAGCAGCCGGGCUUGGAACGGCUGUGCCGCGCCUCGACCGAGGAGCGGUCGGAUUCAGGGCUCACCUGGGCAGGCGGCGUUUGGCCAGCUGGCCGGGGGGUGGGGAGGGACGGCUGGGCUGGAUUCUUGCGCUCGGAUCCUGCGCUGCGCUCCGACCCCUCGCAACCCUCCAGUGCCAUGCCCCUAACUGUCCCGAGCUUGAGUUAUCCCAGCCGGGCGUACGAUUACGACUACGACUCCAUCCAGCCCUACUUCUACUAUGAAGAUGAGGAGGAGAACUUCUACCUCUCGGGCCACCACCGGGGCUGCGAGCUCCAGCCACCCGCCCCGUCCGAAGACAUCUGGAAGAAAUUUGAGCUGCUGCCCACACCGCCUCUCUCGCCCAGCCGCCGGUCCAGCAGCUUCCCUUCCCAUGCCGACCAGCUGGAGAUGGUGACGGAGCUGCUGGGCAGCGAGGUGGUCAACCAGAGCUUCAUCUGCGAUCCAGACGACGACGCCUUCGUCAAGUCCAUCAUCAUCCAGGACUGCAUGUGGAGCGGGGGCUCGGCGGCAGCCAAGCUCCAGAAGGUGGUCUCGGAGAAACUUGCUUCCUACCAGGCGGCCCGUCGGGACGGGGCGGGGUCCCCGCUGUCCCUCCGCAGUGGGAACAGCAGCGUUAGUGGCCUCCCGUCGUCUUCCUCGCACAGUUCUGCCUCUUCUCCCAGCAGCAGCAGCUCCUACCUGCAAGACCUGGGGGCCUCUGCGGCCGAGUGCAUUGACCCCUCGGUGGUCUUUCCUUACCCUUUGGGGGAGAAGACCCCCAAAGCUGUAGAAGCGUCUGCCUCCUCUCCUGACCCGUGCCCGGCUUCCUUGCUCGGCCAAGAUACGCCCCCAACCACCAGCAGUGAUUCAGAAGAGGAAGAAGAAGAAGAACAAGAGGAGGAAGAGGAAAUUGAUGUGGUUACUGUGGAAAAAAGGCAACCUUCAGCCAGGAAAUCCGAGUCCGCUGGACACACAUCCGGGGGUCACAGUAAGCCCCCUCACAGCCCACUGGUCCUCAAACGUUGCCAUGUCCCGAUCCACCAACACAAUUAUGCCGCCCCUCCUUCCACGCGCCACGAAUACAGCGCCACCAAAAGGCUAAAGUUGGACAAUGGUCGGGUUUUGAAACAAAUCAGUAACAACCGCAAAUGUUCGAGUCCGCGCACCUCGGACUCUGAAGAAAAUGACAAAAGGCGAACGCACAACGUCCUGGAGCGGCAGAGGCGGAAUGAGCUAAAACUGAGUUUCUUUGCGCUGCGUGACCAGAUCCCCGAAGUCGCGAAUAAUGAAAAAGCUCCUAAAGUUGUCAUCCUUAAAAAGGCCACCGAAUAUGUCCUCUCAAUCCAAUCCGAGGAGCAUAGACUCUUAGCGGAAAAGGAGCAUCUGAGGAAACGACACGAACAACUCAAAAACAAACUUCAACAGUUGAGGAACUCUUGUAUUUAAAAAAAAAACAAUUUAAGUGUUGCUAUUAAUAUUAUUCAGGCCUAUAAACAUUGGGGAGAGAAGUGGACCUAGAAAGGGGUAAAAUAUCAACCUGACAUAAACGUGUGGAAAACGUUAAGCGCUUUUCAUAGACAUUCAGCCUCAUGUAAAUGUCAUAAUGGACUCCAUUUUGAAAAACCACAGAACUUUGUGAAUGCAUGCCAAACAGCCAUCCAGCGUCUAAGAACUAAUGAAAAUUUUGGGGUGCAAGCUUAUGCUUGCAAAGGGGUGGGGGGGAUGUAUUGGAGGGAUGUGGGGGGAUAAUGAAGUUUUUCCACUUUCUUUUUUGUAUUUAAAGCAUUUUUUUUCUCUUAAAAAGUGAUUUUGGACAGGCUGAACUGUUGUCAAAGUUCUUGUAAGAUAUUUACACAGCCUAAAUGAUAUGUACAUAUCUUUAAUUAAAAAAAAUCUUUAUAGAAAAGGUUAAAAAAAAAAAAAAAGAUCCCUCAGCAGAUCAUACUCAAAUGGUUGUGGCCACUGAAUUUAUAAAUUGUCUUGAAUUUUUUUGGUGCCAUAACAUCUCUCACAGAUCAUUCUUAUUUAAGUACCUUUUUUGUCAUUUUUUUUUAAAAAAAGAACUGAUUUUAUUUUGUGUUUAUAGAUAAAUAAACUAUUUCCCGUAAAAUUG